AUGAGCAAUCUGGCGCGCAACAACUUCAUGAAGGUCUUCUUCCGCUUCUUCGACGUCCAGGUGGAUGACCUUCAGGUCAUAUUCCAAGACCCUGCUGGUCAGAAGGUCUUGCAGUUGAACGAGAAGCACAUUGGAGUGAUGCUGCAUUCUAGCGUGAGAUCUGAGAGGCUAGAAGCGUCGACCAAAUCGGUCAAAGGGCCGAACGUUCGCGCAAUCAUCACCUUAGAUCCGAUAGAGGUGGUGGCUCCGAUGAGCCCAUCUGAAGAUCCACGGAUCCUCACAGUGGAAAGCAUCGGCCCGAUCACGCUUGCGUCGCGCAUCUCUGUUUUGGGGAGGGUCGAACAACCGAGCCUCGAUUUGAGCAUCACGGGCUUGUCGCUGGCCGUCAACGACUUGAUGCAGGCAUUCAGUACUAUUCUUGGAAAGGGUCUGCCACGCUCCAGGAGUGCAACCGAUGAACCGCAAAGCCGUGAAGCUGACAGCCGUUCGCCUGCUUCGCCGACGGAUGAUCCUAUCGUGGAAGAUAUUUACGUGGCCAAAGCUCAGAUGGAGAAGGCGAGCCGACAGAUGGCAAUGAUUUUCCUGGUGGACAGGUUCCGGGAUGAAAUAGACCACCUACGGCGGCAGCUGGAAUCUAUCAUUGACUUGAAACCGACGGUCCGUGUAUCCUUCUUCAACACAUCGGUCACUUUCGACCCUUCCCUCAAUUCGGGGUGCGCCCUGGAUGCCUCUUGUCCGGCUGUGAUGUUCAACGUCGACGAAAUGACAUUUCAAAGUCAAGCAGCAGAUAAAGAAGAUGGCCGAACUUCUCUUGGUUUUAGCGUGGUGAUUGGCGAAUUCCACGUUGACCUGUGCCGGAUUCCGCACUUUGAGUAUAGCGCAUAUCAAAUCUUUCUCGUGCCGCGGACCUUUCUCGAUGUUGAGGUUACCGUGCAUAAGAAGGGGCACAAGCGACAAAAGGAGGGCUCUGGAGUUGAUGUACGCGUCAAUCUCGAUGUGCACACCCCGCGACUCAGCGUUACAGACCAGCUGGUGGUCAUGUUUGGCGAGAUCCGCUCUCACAAAACGCAGAGUACAGAACGAGGCCAUGAGACACCGCAGGGCAGUACGACGUGGCAGGCACGAUUCCACAUGGCAAAGAUACUGUUCGGUCUUUUAUCGUCGCGGCUGAGUGUGCAAAUCAUUAGCCCGACAGUCAUGGCACAUGUCGUGGGAUAUGAUGGGUGUGAUACAACCCAAGACGCCGAUAUCUUUGCAGUCUCUGCCGAAACCCUCGCACUGCAGGCCAAAGUUGCUUCCCAAACCCCGCAGGGAGCGUUAGGCAAUAAGGCAUCAUUUCAUGGAGCCGACGAUCCAUGGACGGUGGAGGUUCUAGCAGAAGUGCAGAAUCUGGAGGUUAUUGGCGCUCGCGGACCAUUGGAUAUCAUCCGAGACGAACUACCCGAAAGGCGGGAUUUGCUAUUCAGCUUGGAAAACGUAGCAAUCAACAGUCACGUUCGGCCAACAGCGGACAAAGGUAGCGACGUGUCGAACAUGGGCCAUAUCAACGUCGAAUGUCAUUUCGGCUCCGCUUUCGCCGAUUUUUCACUGCUGCCGCGAACCGACCACAUUGACUACUUCACCUUCAUGGCCAAAGUCGGGGCGGCUGUCGUGAGAUUGCGAGAAUUCACAAAGAAGCCGCAGGCGCCGGUUGCGGCGAAAUUCAUAAGCUUCCCCUUCGUGAGCACGUUACAAGUCGCAUGCUCGCCAAUAUCGAUUCUCCUGGUGGGCGAAGAUUUGCGGAAGGCGAUACUGCUCGAAACUAAAAGCGUGCUCCUCCAGCUUACCGGACGACCGAAGGAGCUGUUAUCUGCAGAGGGCGGAUCGCGCCAGCUCUCUGCGCGUCUCGAAGCGCAGGAUAUCGGUGUUCACACUACUGGGACAUUCUAUUCUACGGAGGAGCCGUACUUUGCCAAGCAGGAGGCCAUGUCAAAUGGACUUGACACGGAAUCUUCCCUCCGGAUUCGUCGGAUUGAAAUGCUCCAUGUGCGCGAGUUUGGCGCGACGGACCGAAACGAGCUCACGUUGCGCUUGGAUGAGGUCGUAGUUUGCUUCAGUUUGCGGAUGUUCUACGUUACCUUGAUGGCGUCGAUAUACUGCUGGAAGCUCGUGAAACUGCUGGAUAUCGAAAAAACUGAGAAGAACAAAGGAAAAGAAAUCGGAACAAAAUCGCCGGUCGUUCAUGUGGAAGUCCAAAGCUUGCUGGUCGACAUCACGCUGCCGGGCCAUGUCCACCUGCGUGUAGGCAUACAACCAAUAUUCAUCGACACCGGCGAAGGACUCCUUGUGCGAGCGCAAACACAACUGGCCACCGUCGAUGUCCUUACAGACGAAGAGCAGCUCAUAUACGAACGCUUGACACAAGUCACCGAAUUGACUGUUGAGUGCCGCAAACCUCCCGGCACGUCGGCCACGAAAGUCGAAGCUGAGGUCAUGUCUGCAGAAGUACGAGUACCAUAUGGCUUCAAAAUGGCCAAGGUGAUUGAGAAUGCCAUCAGUAUGCAGAAGGCCAUCAAACGGCUUUGUGCCGCAGAGCUCGGGCUUCGGCUGAAAACACCAAGCACGACAGGCCAUUCGAUACCAAUCUACGACACGAUACCCAUCAUCAGGGUGCAAAUCUCCACGCUCUGUAUACGCUUCGCAGAUGACCCAUUCGAAUCCGCACUGUCACGGAACUACUUAUUGGGGUUCGAAGAGCAGGAAGGACGUAUAGCCCGCGACAAGGCCUUUCAGACUAAAGCCGCGGCUUUGCGCUCGGUUGAUGAAAGGAGACGAGGUUCUGUGCAUGACGAGCAUAAGCAAUCAACUGCGGUCGAGAACGCCUGGGGGCUCUUGCAGGAGUUCAAUGCUAGGGCGUGGAUCGACCGUUUGCGGAAAGCCCAUAAGGAAACUGAAGGGCCCCCGCCGCUUAUGCACACCACCAUCACCAACAUACAAGUAGCUAUAGAUCCACCUGUUUUGUUAGCGAACUCGAUCGAGCAGACGCUGCAUAUUAUUGAUCCCGCAACGCCAGCAAACGCUCUGUACGACGAGCAGAUUCCCCGGAACGUGACCAUCAGCAUGCACUCCCUGAAGAUGCAGAUUAGAGACUACUCGGCGCCUCUCGUGUGCUUACCGGCAGACGGGAGUGUAAAGCUGGAAACGAAGGGGCUGGUCAUCUUCGCAGAGCAGGUCUCCGCCGCCGAAGCAAACCGCACAGUCGUGAUACCGGUCGGCCUACCCACGGGAGAGGAGGUUGUCGUUGCACGAACUGUUAACCCGAACAAAAUGUACAGCUCCUUGACAACUACCAUUACCACGUCGUCUACGAUACAUGCAGCGUGGGGAGCGUCGUUAGAACCUGGUAUAUCCGAUAUGAUUAGCGUAUUCGACACGUUCACCAAGCCAAACGUGGAUCCUAGCCAACCGCUAGGUUGGUGGGAUAAGCUCCGACUGAUUAUGCACGGCACGCACACCUUGAUCAUCACGGGGGGCGGUGACAUCAGCUUCCGUGUCCUCGGCUCCACUUCUCCGUACUUCGAUGGCCACAAGCAUUUUGGCACCGAAGGCAUGCAGGUCUCGAUGCGAGACGGGGUUCGAAUCGAGGUCAACGGCAGUCAAAUUCCGGGCGAGGACGUGACGAUCGAAUGCGGCGAAUUGGGCUUUGCGCUCCCUUUCAAUGCGCGCGCAGGGCAUCAUCAUCGGGCAAAGGAGGAGGACACUGUUGCGAGGAUGAGGGGCGGGGUUCGACUGGUGUUCGGGUUUGGCUUUGUCACGGAAAGGAAUAGGAGAGAUCCUGCGAGUGGUUUAGUAAAGAGCCAUGCGGACAUUUGUUUGAGAGCUCCGGAAUACAUCGACUCGGAUCAAUUGCGAAAGUGGGACUCUUUCCGAGGAUUCCGGUCCAGCAGCAUCAACAUUACCGUCCGCUUAGAGUCGCCCAAACCAUUCUACGCCGGCCUCUCCGAGCCUUCCAACUCGGUCCAUCUCACUCUAAACACCAUGUCUCGUUUUUUCACCUUCCUGCAAGUUUAUCAGUCAGUUCUGACAAGCUUACCGGUACGGAAGGGGAAGCUAUUCCAGGAGGACGGCCCAGGCCCUUCAAAGCAAAAACUGGGUCGCACAAUCGGCUCCAUCAGGAUUCAAACGUCGCUACAUCCCUUACUGCUCGGCUUCGUUGCCGAGGCGCAGGAUAAGAGCCUCGGCGUGGGGCUGAGGUGUCGCGCCGCGCAAGUCGUCAUGGAUAUGACAUUAUUGCAGAGGGUGAUUCAGCAGCGACGGCCCAAAGAGGAGCUUCUCAAGCGGAAACCCACGAGCAAAUGGAUUUUGCGCGACUCUGAGCUCGAAUUGACAGAUGUGGAAGCUAGGGCUUUAGCAUUUGGGGACUUCAGCGAAGCACGUCCUGCCACGUUGGAAAAGCCUCUAUCAGUGGACGAGCUCGAUCAGCCAGGGGCCAGUGAUGAUAAGGACUGGAUCUUUCCACGCGACGCGCUUCGAAAAAAGAGACCGACUUUGAACCUCGUUCCGUUUGCUUGGACGCCCAAAAUCAUCUACACUAAAUCGAACGACACGAAGGUAUCCGGCGCGCAGGAUAGCACACGGUCUAAGAAGGAUAUUUUCGAGGUGCAGAAGCAUCUGUUCAAGAGCCGACUGCGGGAGAUUGAAGCGGCGAUUCGUCAUUAUCUCGAAAUGCAGCGUGGUCUGGAAUACCGUAUGGCUGUCUUCUUUGACGACUCGUUGCGGCAGCAGUCGCAGAUCAUUGUUGAGAAAAUGGCCAUACUGCACGAGAAAAAGGUCGUGAUUGAGCGUUAUAUUCGCUCGUGUCAGCAGAAACUGGAAUGCGACAAUGUGGGCGACAAAGCGGCGGGCAGAGCCGAGCGCAAGCUUCCCGCGGCGGCUGUUUUCCAACAUCACUUUGUGGUCCACAAUCUCAACUUGAUUUGGAAGAAAGAUGUGCGCAACAUUUUGUUCCAAAUGGUUUCGUUGCAGCAAAAGGCCAUGGCGAUCAAGUUCUGUCUGUCCCAUACGGCAACGAAAUUGAUGGCGCAACUUGUUACGUCCUUUGCGGAGCGGAGAAAUCGUACCGAUGCGCCGGAGACUGCUCAUGAUGUUCUGGCAGAUACGGCAAAGACAGCACCAGCUCCAAAAUCAAGCAUGGUUUUCGCCGAGCUCGACGCAAAUGCAGCACAUCGUUUGCUCAACAAACUUGUGGACGAGAUGGAUACGGCGUUCUUUGUCUCCAAUGAAACAGAAGUGGAGCAGGAUGACGAUGCGGCAGAGUCCAACAAUCGAGGGGCUGCGCUUGCCUUCAACAAUCGCAAAGUGUACUUUCCCUCGAGGGACAUUGAAUCGCCGGACUACAUCUCCGACUCGCAAACGUAUGAAAGCAAUUUUAUGAUGCAGCUCGUGUACCCACAAGUCAACCUUGAAGCUGAAUCAAAGGACAAUCCGUCACAUCUCGAAUCAGUCGUGCUUGCCGCGGAAAGCAUGCAACUGCGUUCGAUCCGCAUUCUGGACGCCCAAGCCAGUACUUCAUCGACCGCCGAUGAGAACAGCGAUAGGAAUGAAGAGAUCGUCAAAUCCCGAAUGGUGGUGAAUAUUUAUGACGCCCAACUUUUCGUUGCUCGCAAGACCGACAUUGAAGUCGCCCCUGAAUUCGAUUUGGACAAUAUUGCCAUGCAUCAACCUUGGGACAAAUCAGAUACCCCGACGGCGGCUGCCUGGCCCAUUUGGGUCCCAAUAGAAUGCAUUGCAGAUCACUCAUCGCAUCCGGGAUUCCUCGAGCGGGUGGUCGAACGCGUUUCUGCGAGUCUUCAUCGCGACGUCCCUAAUCCUUUGUACUUGAAAGGCGAUGUAGCGAGCACCCAGCCGGAGACAAAGCACACCCUGCAGAUCAACAUCCCGACAUUCUUCAUAACCGCCACCGCUAUGCAAUAUAUGGUCAUAUAUGACGUUAUCGAGAACCUUCUGGUGUAUCGAGACCCAGGACGAGGCGAACAGGUGGAGAAGAUGACCAAGAUGCUACUCAUCUUGGAGCAGAUGGAGGAUUUGCGGAAAGUGCAAGAGACGGUCUUGCUACUUCAGCAGAAGAUCAGGCAGACGGAAGCUAUGCUGCACACCGAUAUGGACAACAGUGGGUUGACAGUCGGAGCCUCUUCCCAUCGGAAUGCGGAGAUUCUUCGUCAUUUGCUGCAGUGCCAGGAUGAGUUGAUCAUUGUCGUCGAUGCCAUCAAAGCAACGCAAUCGCUAGAACAGAAGAAGAAAUCAGCGGCGAUCUCUUCUGAAAUCUUGAUCAAGAUGGGCAAGAUGGUCUGGUGUAUGCUGACUGACGAGCAAACGCCCCUCUGUGAAUGGACGCUUGAUAAAGCGCAGUUUGGUGGGGUCCAUCACGAGGAUCAGACGGACGUCAACACGCUUCAUAUCGACAAGCUUCAUCUGGAGAACCAUAUGUCGGCUAUGAACUCCUUCAAGGAGGUCAUUGCGCCUUAUUCGCCCGACAUGACUGAUGUGGACUUCACCCGGCACAAGAUGAUUCGCGUAUACUGGCGUCAGAUGGCACCUGUUGCUGGCAUCAAAGUGGUCGAUCACUUCGAAGUCAACAUAUAUCCCCUUCUCAUCCAAGUAACUUACGAUAUGGCGAAGGAGAUUGUGUUUUAUCUCUUUCCGGAGAAGAAAGCCAAGGCCGCCGCGAAAACCCAUGCUCAGCAGUUGCAUAAUACCAGUGACGAUAAGCAGAACCGAAGAUUCCCCCGCUCCGAAUCUGCGGAUCAAAUCGCGAACAGAAGCUCUCGUUCUUCCGUUUCAGACCUCAGUUUGCGAAGAGUUUCCUCCACGAGCGCCGAUAAUGUAGCUGUGGUUGAUGACAAGCUUCGACCGAGUUCACCAUCGGAGCCCGAUAUGUCUCCCCAGACUGAGAGAAAGCGACGGUUUAAGAGCGGGACUUUCUCAUACAGUCACGGGAGAACCCUCAGCAGUAAAAGCGAGACCAAGGAGGAGGCGUCGUCGUCUCCGAAAUUGCGACGAAAGGAGACGCGAGUGAAUGAACUCAAACAAAUGCAAGCCAGAGCCUCGGAAAAUCGAUCGUUCAUCUACAUCAAGAUGCCCGGAGCCAAUCAUUGUUUGAGUUAUCGGGGGUCGAAAGAGAAAAACAUUGAGGAUUUGUACAUGUUCGCGUUCAAAAUGCCAACGCUCGAGUUUCGCAACAAGACUUGGACGUGGCUUGACUUCUUGGACGCUGUAAAGAAAGAAUUAGCGAAAGUGUUCUGA